AUGAGAUUAUUCCUCCUUUCUUUCUUUCUUUCUUUCUUUCUUUCUUUCUUUUACUUCUUUAACGUCUUUUCUUUCUUUCUGUCUUUCAAUUUGUCAUCUUCUUUCUUUCUUUCUUUCUUUUACUUCUUUAUUUGUCAUCUUCUUUCUUUCUUUCUUUUACUUCUUCAGUUAACGUCUUUUCUUUCUUUCUGUCUUUCAAUUUGUCAUCUUCUUUCUUUCUUUCUUUCUUUCUUUCUUUCUUUUACUUCUUUAGUUAACGUCUUUUCUUUCUUUCUGUCUUUCAAUUUGUCAUCUUCUUUCUUUCUUUCUUUCUUUCUUUCUUUCUUUCUUUCUUUUUACUUCUUUAUUAACGUCUUUUCUUUCUUUCUGUCUUUCAAUUUGUCAUCUUCUUUCUUUCUUUCUUUCUUUCUUUCUUUCUUUUACUUCUUUAUUAAACUGACAAAAGUGCUUGGCCUCUUCUUAAAUCAUGUCCUGCAGCUCUCUUACAGUUUAACUCUUUUGUCUACUGACAUUAUGUUUUUCUUCCACAUAAAUUUUCUUUCCAAUAUAUUCCCCUCCUCGCCACUUCACUCUCUUUCUGGAACUUUCCCUCUGGAGCAACCUGUCCCUCUUGAUGCGUUUUCUCUUUAUAUUAUCUCUCCUCGUUUUCAUUUCACCCCUCCUUCCUUUUUCGAUCUCAUAACUCGCUUUUACUUUUCCCUCUUUCUGUCUUUUCCUAUCUCACAUUGCGCCUUUACCCUCUCAUUCAUUUUUAAGCUUUUUGUCGCACUUUCCAAAUUAAUUCUUUCUGCCACUUAUUUCUUCUUUUUCCUCUUCCUUGUUUUUCCUUAUUUUUUUCACUCCCUUUUCACACCUAAUUUCUCCCUUUGUUACCAUCAGUGCACCGUUUUGGCUUUGUUUUUCAAAUAUCUUUUUAAAUGUUAUUCUUUCUUUCUGUUAACAUUUUUCUUUCUUUCUUUCUUUCUUUCUUUCUUUCUUUCUUUCUUUCUUUCUUUCUUUCUUUCUUUCUUUCUUUCUUUCUUUCUCAAAAUAUCACUUUUCAAAUUUUCAUUUAAUUUCUUUUUUCCUACUUCAAAAUUUCUUUCUUUCUUUCUUUCUUUCUUUUUUUCUUUCUUUCUUUCUUUCCCAAAAUUUGAUUCUUUCAAAAUGUCUCUUUUACAAAAUUUUGUUUCAUUUCUUUCUUCCCGCCUCAAAAUUUCUUUCUUUCUUUCUUUCUUUCUUUCUUUCUUUCUUUCUUUCUUUCUUUCCCAAAAUUUGAUUCUUUCAAAAUGUCUCUUUUACAAAAUUUCGUUUCAUUUCUUUCUUCCCGCCUCAAAAUUUCUUUCUUUUCUUUCUUUCUUUCUUUCUUUCUUUCUUUCUUUCUUUCUUUCUUUCUUUCUUAAAUAA